GUGCGCGCGCUGCAGCCACCGUCAGUUGUGUCUCGUGCGAAUGCUGGUUGUUGUCGGGCUCCUAGAGUGUUUACCCCGGUUUAUAAAUCACCCACUUCCUUAAAAAAAAAACAGAAGAAAUCUAUCUAUCUCUCUAUAUAUUUUUACUAUUAGUGUACAGGAAAGGACCAACCUGCUGUGAAAAAAGGGGAUUUUUUCUAAGUAAUGUCGAAUCCCGGAGCUCGAAGGAACGGGUCAAGCAUUAAAAUCCGGCUGACAGUGUUGUGUGCAAAAAAUCUGGCUAAGAAGGAUUUCUUCAGAUUACCUGACCCUUUUGCCAAAAUUAUUGUAGAUGGCUCUGGACAGUGUCACUCGACAGACACGGUGAAAAACACGCUUGAUCCAAAAUGGAACCAACACUAUGACUUGUACAUUGGAAAAGCAGACUCAAUUACUAUAAGCAUAUGGAAUCACAAGAAAAUACAUAAGAAACAGGGAGCUGGCUUUCUGGGCUGUGUUCGGCUGCUAUCAAAUGCCAUCAGUAGGCUAAAGGACACUGGCUACCAGCGGUUAGAUCUAUGCAAGCUCAAUCCCACAGACAGUGAUACAAUACGAGGGCAAAUAGUAGUAAGUUUACAAACGCGAGAUCGAAUAGGAACUGGUGGCCCUGUUGUAGAUUGCAGAGGACUAUUGGACAAUGAUCUACCUGAGGGGCCACUUUUUGAAGAUUCUGGACCUGGAAGGCCGCUAAGCUGUAUUAUGGAGGACACCGUACCAUUUACAGACAUGACAGGUGCUGCGGGUGGAGGGAACUGCCAACUGAUAGAGUCUCCAAACCAGGAACAGAGACUUCAGACACAGCGCAUCCGAAAUUUUGGGGUUCGAGUUCAAAUGCAUACGCCACAGAGCCGGCCUCAAGGCCAUCAGUCACCUGUAUUGCCAGAGGGAUAUGAGCAGCGAACAACUGUACAGGGACAGAUUUAUUUCCUGCAUACACAGACUGGAGUCAGCACUUGGCACGAUCCUCGAAUUCCAAGAGAUCUUACAAAUUUUAACUAUGAUGAGCUCGGUCCUUUGCCUUCUGGGUGGGAAGUCAGAAGUACAGUGUCAGGAAGAAUAUAUUUUGUGGACCACAACAACAGAACUACACAGUUUACAGAUCCCAGACUGCACCAUAUAAUGAACAAUCCAUCUCAGUUGAAGGAAUCAAGCCAGCCGUUGCCAGUGCAGACAGAGGCACCGGUGGAUGAAGGGGAGGGAGAAUGGUCUGUCCCAAGAUGCGAGCGAGAUCUAGUACAGAAGUUGAAAGUCCUGAGGCACGAACUUGCUUUGCAGCAACCGCAAGCCGGGCACUGCCGCAUUGAAGUCUCCAGAGAUGAAAUCUUUGAGGAAUCAUAUCGACAAGUGAUGAAAAUGAGGCCAAAAGACUUGAAGAAGCGUUUAAUGGUUAAAUUUAGAAGUGAAGAAGGUCUGGAUUAUGGUGGAGUUGCCAGGGAGUGGUUGUAUUUGCUUUGUCAUGAAAUGUUGAAUCCUUACUAUGGACUAUUUCAGUAUUCAACUGAUAAUAUCUACACGCUACAGAUCAACCCAGAUUCUGCAGUUAAUCCUGAACAUUUGUCAUACUUUCAUUUUGUGGGUCGGAUAAUGGGACUUGCCGUAUUCCAUGGUCACUAUAUUAAUGGGGGUUUCACAUUACCAUUCUACAAGCAACUGUUGGGUAAACCUAUCCAGUUAUCAGACUUGGAAACUGUUGACCCAGAAUUGCACAAGAGCCUGGUUUGGAUCCUUGAAAAUGACAUCACACCUGUACUUGAUCAUACAUUUUGUGUUGAGCACAACUGUUUUGGUCGGAUUAUUCAACAAGAGCUCAAACCAAAUGGCAGAAAUGUUCCUGUAACAGAGGAGAAUAAACGAGAAUAUGUAAGGCUUUACGUGAACUGGCGGUUUAUGAGAGGAAUCGAGGCACAAUUUCUGGCUUUGCAGAAGGGAUUUAAUGAGCUUAUUCCACAACAUCUACUUAAACCUUUUGAUCAGAAGGAAAUUGAGCUGAUUAUUGGUGGGUUGGGAAAGAUUGACAUAAAGGACUGGAAAGCUAAUACACGCCUAAAGCACUGUACCUCGGACAGCAAUAUUGUGAAAUGGUUCUGGCAAACAGUUGAGAUGUUUGAUGAAGAAAGGAGAGCACGGCUUCUUCAGUUUGUGACCGGAUCUUCCCGGGUACCUCUGCAGGGAUUCAAAGCACUACAAGGUUCUACAGGUGCUGCAGGCCCAAGACUUUUUACCAUCCAUCUGAUUGAUGCCAACACAGAGAACCUUCCCAAAGCACAUACUUGUUUUAACCGUAUAGACAUUCCUCCUUAUGAGUCCUAUGAGAAGCUUUACGAGAAGUUGUUGACAGCAGUUGAGGAGACUUGUGGCUUUGCAGUGGAGUGAAGUACAUGAAUAUUUGCUUUGAAGUUGUUAAGAACACUACAGAAAGGAAGUUCUAUGAGCUUCUUGUUGAGCAGCGCACUGUAUGAUCAGGAGAACUAACAAUUCGCUCACAUGGUUACUAUAACUUACAAGUGACAUAAUGAUGCUGAUCAACUCAAAAACGGAAAGGUGUUAGGAUUUCGAGAAGAGCAAACUAGGAAGCUCAUAAGUGAAGAAGAUACUGUAUCUGUAAGACAGAAAAUGGACCUGUUUCAGUUGUAUUAUACAUUUUUAAGUUGUGUGCUUGAAACUUUAUUUCAAGAACUUUGCACAGUGAAAGAGGACAGAUCCUUGCACAUUUCACUUCUUCCCUUCAUUCCUUUCCCUUUUUGCCCCACCCCACUCAAAAUAGUUGUCCAAUGGAGACUUUUCAUUCUUCCAAGUGCUGAAAGUAGCAUUUAGAAAUACUGGAUGUUAGAUGAGAAAUAGCUCUGUUUAUAGCUACAGUGUUCCUUUUUUUAUCAACUCUUUCAGCGCAGGCAGUAGCUAUACUUGCAGUGUGUUUUAAUCAAAUCAGAUUAUUUUUAACCUAUAUUUUGUUAAGAGAGUUAUAUUCCUCCACUGUAUGCUGAGUAACUUUUUAAGAAUAUUUACAAAUAUAUAUAUAUAAAAAAUACAAAACAUUUUGUUCCAUGAGAUGAACCUUUGAGUACUAAAAUCACGUUUUGGCUGUAAAAUUAAAAUUAUCACAUUAAAAUUUUGUUCUUAGAACAUUUUGAGCUAAGAAAUCAUGUGGGUCUUUGCAUUUCUGGAAUUCCAUUUUAUAAUACAAAUAAAAUAGAAUAUCAGUUUUACAGAAUUUAAUCAUUAAAAAAAGUCUGCAUAUGUUGAAACCUGAAAGUGUCUUUCAGUACUCAAAAGAUUAAUCCAGAAUUGUCAUUUCCAUAGGAGUCCGGCGUUGAAAGAGUUAAUGGGGAAAUAACAGGCACUGUUUGUAGCAAAUGGUGCUUUUCCAAGUCCUUUUUUUUUGUAAAUGUGGUUUAUCUUUAAAUCUGCUUUUUUUUUUUACUUUUAUGUUCAAUGCUAAGGUGGGAACCUGCAAUGGCAGUCUAUCAUGAAAUGCUUAAGUUUUGUAAGCAAAAGUCAAGAAAUGUGCCAAGUGUGAAAUUGGUUGACUCAUUAUUAAAUUAGUUAACCAAUUAAAACUAUCAGUAGAUUAGGCAGAUCAGUGCAGAACCUUAAAUUAUGAAAUCUUUGUAUGUUGACACUUGCAUCAAUGUCUUUACAAUUUACUGCACCUUUUACAAAUUCUGCAAGUUUUGUCUUUUGUUUCUAGAUGUUAAAUUUGUACUUUGAAAAUUAUUUUCAGGUUAUUUUUAAUGAAUUAGCAUUUUUAUGGAAACCUAAAUAAGUGAAAAGGAAGUUAUCUAUAUUGUAUUGGCGAUGUUGACUGAUUUAAAGAGAGUACUGCAGCUUUAAACAGAAAUCAUUCAUGAGUUGAUGGCGACCAUUGUUUUUAUAAAUUCCAGUCAUCUGUACUUUUUUAAAGAGACAAUAUUCCUUUCCUUUGAUUUUGUUAAAUUAUGUACCAUAUAUUUCAAACUAAAAUUGUGUGAUCCCAAACCAAA